UCAUGAACAUGAACUAUAUUUGAAAUUAGUUUUUUUAUAAAUCCGUAACCGUUGAAAGUGUAGAUGUUUGCGCGAAUGGUGCUUAAAGAAAUAACCGGGUGACUAGAAAGUAAACGCUUAUAGGAAUCAUUUUGUUGUAUUUCCAUGCCAUUCGUUUCACGUGCAGAACAUCAAUAUUUAACUCUGAUUAUUAAAUUUCAAGAUGUCAGCGCCCACGAUACCCAAACAUCACAUACGAAAGGAAGUUUGUGUCACUCGCCCUGCAUACCGUGAAGGCCGACUGGAAAAGGCAGUGAAAGUUUACACUGUUAACCAGGAGUCCAAGUAUCUGCUAGUCCAAGGGGUCCCCGCUGUAGGGGGCGUGGAGGAGCUUGUCAAGUUGUUUGCAGUAUAUGGUGCAAUCGAGGAAUACAGGAUCCUUGAUGACUACCCUGCUGAGGAGUUUACAGAGGUCUACUUAUUCAAAUUCAAGAAGAUCCAGUUUGCCAGGUGGCUGUUAUAUGGCAACAGAUCUCAACCAGCCUAUCAAGGCACAGGGUUCGAGUCAUCAGAGCACCAAGGAGAAAUUAACUCUGUCUCUUUUGACAAAUUGUGGUUACCUCCCCCUCCAGUGGAUAGGGGGCCUUCAGGAUUUAGGCCGCCUGCUCACAGUAGGUAUGAAUAUGCCUGGGUUCAAAGCUCCCAUGCUACCUUACCAAGUAAUUACGAUGGUAGAACUGACCAAUCAGAAUCUCUUGCAUGGUCACGUGACCCUGGGGUUCAGGGGCAAAGGAAUGACCAAAAUAUGGACAGAUUUGAUCAACAGACCAAGGACAGUAAUGAAGAGUCAAAAGAGAAAAAGGUUGAUAAGCCUAAGUCAGGUGAAAAGGUAGUGAAUGGCUUGAUAGUUAGAGAAUACAAGAAAACUGGCAAAGUUCCCAAGUUUAUUCCAAGACAGGCACUGAAAAAGACUGGUGUUACAGUUGGAGAAUCACCCAAACCGAGGCCUGAGAGUGAUGCUUUGAACAAACAGAUCCGUGUGAAUGCGUUUACUCUGGCCGACACACAGGGCCCUACCAUGCCAGGAAAAGGUGAUCAGACAGUCAAAGUUCAUCCUGGUGCCCAGAAGGCUGUCAAUCAAACUGUGAAAGACAUCAGGAAGCGCAUCUCAAAGUUUAUAGCGGAAAAGGUUCCACAACAGAAGAAGGCCAAAGAAAGUUGAGAGAUGUCAUGGAGAAAGUGGAGUAGUCUAGUGUUUGAAGCCUGGCUUAUUAAGCCACAGUCCUGGGUUUGAUUCUCACACCUUGGAACCAUGUGUGAAGCUCCUUGAUGAUGUUACCCAGUGUUGUGUCAGGAAUACUGCUAAAAGCUACAUGAAGAUCAACUGAAUCACUAUUCAGUCAAUUCAGUGUAUUGCUAAAGUGUAAUAGCUGUUCUGUACAGAAUCUGAGAGAAUGUUACAAUACUUUCAGCACAUCAGGCAGGUUUUAUGUUGAAUCCUUUUAGAUAUGUGUCCAGUGAGCAGUUGGUUGGUUGAUCUCCAGAUGAGUCAUACAAGGAGAUUAAAAGAUGGUACUCCUUAUUA